GCCGCCGCCUCCUCCUCCGCCUCCGCGGCCCAGUCGGCGCCGCAGCAGUCCGAGGAGGGCGCGGGCGCGGGGCCCGGCGCGUGCAGCCUGCACCUCAGCGAGCGCGCCGACUGGCAGUACUCGCAGCGCGAGCUGGACGCAGUCGAGGUCUUCUUCUCGCGCACGGCCCGGGACAACCGGCUGGGCUGCAUGUUCGUGCGCUGCGCGCCCUCCAGCCGGUACACGCUGCUCUUCUCGCACGGCAACGCCGUGGACCUGGGCCAGAUGUGCAGCUUCUACAUCGGCCUCGGCUCGCGCAUCAACUGCAACAUCUUCUCCUACGACUACUCAGGCUACGGCGUGAGCUCGGGCAAGCCCUCCGAGAAGAACCUCUACGCCGACAUCGACGCCGCGUGGCAGGCGCUGCGCACCCGGUACGGUGUCAGUCCCGAGAACAUCAUCCUCUAUGGUCAGAGCAUCGGGACAGUCCCCACUGUAGACCUGGCCUCCCGAUACGAGUGUGCAGCUGUAAUUCUCCAUUCCCCUCUGAUGUCUGGCUUGCGUGUGGCUUUCCCAGAUACCAGGAAAACAUACUGCUUUGAUGCUUUCCCUAGCAUUGACAAGAUCUCUAAGGUCACCUCUCCUGUGUUGGUCAUUCACGGGACAGAAGACGAGGUCAUCGACUUCUCCCACGGCCUCGCGAUGUAUGAGCGCUGUCCCCGAGCUGUGGAGCCCCUCUGGGUGGAAGGGGCUGGGCACAAUGACAUAGAGCUUUACGCACAGUACCUAGAGAGACUAAAACAGUUCAUAUCUCACGAACUUCCUAACUCCUGAAGACAACAACUUGAUUUUACCUCAUUUACUGUGAAUGGAGGAGUCCUCUGGUUUGCACAUGCUUUAACUGGAUAGCUGUAAUGGCUUCAUAACCACAAAGAAGUGCCCAGCCUUUAGGGUGUUCUUAUCAAAGAGCUGAUGAAAUUUCAGUCUUUUGUAGCUAGAGAUGGUUCUACUAAUUCACACAACGCAUUAACCUGAGCAGUCAUGACUCCCAGCUUCAUUGCCUUGCAGGAGUAGGAAUGAGAGCUGAGUGUAGGGACAGUUUUCUGGUGCUGUGUGAAGUACGCUCCCCUCUGUUUCUCCAUUUCCGACUCACUUAUGCAGGACGCAGCCCUGUCCCCACCUGUAUCCUCCGUAUUUGAUGUGCAGCUCUCUUUCGGCCAUGGGACUCAUGAGUUCAAUCCAUUUGUGAAGCUGUGAUAGUGUAACUGGAAACUAUUGUGGUGAAAAUUCCUUUGUUAAUUUCUGUUUCCAUGCUGAUCUUUCCCCAGACAAGUAAACUGAAGGAUAAUUUACCGGAUUUAUCAUGAACCGCUUCAUCAACUGUACCCAUAUAAAUAUAACUGGAAUAUUCUUAAACAAAAGAAAACUAGGGGGUUUUUUAAGUGUAAAUUUAUUACUAGCCAACAGAGUUUUAAUAUUUUGAUUGUCUGGUUGGUUUAACAAAGAGCCUAGCUGACUUCUAUAAAAUCCUCCUCAUAGGCUUUUUUAAAGUACUGUACAUAUUUGCAAUCACAUUGUGCAUAGAUUCUUAAUGGGUAGUUUUCUUUUGUCAGGAUACAACAAUGAACUGCUAAAUUCCUCGUUUGUAAUGUAAAUGAUUGAAUACAUUUUGUUAAUAUGUUUUUAUUCCUAUGUUUUGCUAUUAAAAAAAUUUUAUAACAUUUCCAAGACAAAAAUUCCAAGUUUAUGCUUUGAAGAAUUUAUGUAAUUAAAAUUUCACUGAACUAAUCUUUUUAGUUUAGAAGUUAUUUGGGUUUUGACACUGGAGUUGCACCAAGUAAGCAUCAGAAAUGUAAGAUGCUUGAAAUUGCUACACUACUUGUAUUGGUUGGGGGGUUUGGGUUUUUUUUGGGGGGGUGGGUCUUUGGUUUUAUUUUAAUUUUAUUUUUAAAUUUAAAAGCCUUAAAUGUACUGUAAGCCUCAGAUUGUUGUACAACUGGAUUGCGGUUGAUUGCCAGUUUGUGUACUAUUGCUUGGAGGCAGCACAGUGGUUGGUGACGGAAUAAAGGAUGCAUGGAUCAGAA